ACAACAAGGGGAGUUCCUGUUCGGGAUUCUAACAAGGUAACUAGGGAGUUAGAACUUCGUGCUUUUCGAAUCCUACGGCGGCUUUUCGCCUUGAAAGUCUUGGAGUAUAAUUCCACGAUUCGCGUUCUGUUGCGGUUUACAGUGGUUACGCAUACGAGGUUUCGCGUCUAGCGUAGCAUACAUAUAGGACGGCUCCGUUUCCGUUCGGCCUCGUCAACGUGAAGGGUGACCUUGAGAGGGAGAAAAGGGCACAAGUAUUUUGAAGUAGCAACGACGCGAAACUUCGUAAACUGUUCGUCAAGCUACUAAUAGGGUAACAGCAGCGGGUUACCACAUCGGCGGGCCAUGCGUUGGCCCUCCGACGAAAGAUGCCGUCGACGUCGCGAGCCUCAGAUAGCAUCAGAUUCGACGUUUCUGCUCCGCACGUUAAAAAAAUAGGCUGCCGUCAGUGUCGCGAGCCUCAGAUAAUAUCGGAUGCUACGUUUCUGCUCCGCCAAGCAUCAGCAGAUUAUCCAUUACAUAGGGAGUAGGUGCUACGUAAUGACUCGUUGGUACUUGGCGAUCUAAACGACGACCGUUUUAUCGAUUUGCUGCGAUAACGUCAGGCCUCGGUUUCGGAUCCGGUUAAAGUCGUGUUUCAACUGCGCUAGGGCUAGAGUUACCACCCCAACUCGUUUCCGACGGCGCAUUCAAACCUAGCACCGCAAAGCCGCUCCAAGGGUAUCGCGUUGGUCUCGCAAUGCCUCGUGGCCGCCACGCGCCCGUGAGCUGGGCGUCGGUGCUACCGACCAUCGCGCACGUGUGCCUGCUGCUCUUCACAUGCCUCCUGAUUCUGAAACUCCAAGGGCGAUUCACCUGGUCGUGGUGGUGGGUGUUCUGCCCACUAUGGGUGUUCCACGGCGCCCUGUCUCGCUGCAACUGCUCCAUGCCCGCGCCCACCUCGCCCUACGACCGCCACUGGCGCCCCUGCCACUCGCUGCUCACGCUGCCACUGCUCGUGGCCUUUGAGCUGCUCCUCUGCUGCUACCUCGCCGCUAAAGAGAUGUGUGUGGGGCGGCCGCCAGUGGACCUGGCCAUUGUGUUUCUGCCACUCAUUCUGCUCGAGGCACUGGUGCUCGUUGACAACUUCAGGAUGUGCAUGGCGCUGAUGCCAGGGGAGGAUGACAACAUGACGGAUGAGGCCCUAUGGGAGACACUGCCGCACUUUGCAGUGGCGGUUUCAAUGAUAUUCUUCAUGGCAGCGACCGUGUUCUCUGUGCUCAAACUCAACGAUGUGGCUGAGGUGAUUGGCAUUGACUGGUGGACGUUGCUAGUUGACCUCUGCAUUGGCGAGUUCUUCGCCUUCCUCCUUUGCAUGCAGUGGACCAACCCGCAUCAGCCUCCCCCCCGCCCCUCCCCAGCGCCCUCCCCCUCCCUCCUCCCGUCCUCCCAACCCUCCCCCUCCCUCCUCCCGUCCUCCCAACCCCCUCCUCCUCCUCCUCUUCCUCCACCUCCUCUCCCCCUUCCGCCAGCAUCACCAUGACCCCCGCCACUCCCCUUCUCGCCUCCCAGUCUCCUCUAAGACCCAGCAGCAGGGGUGGCAGGAGCGGUAGGGGAGAGGCAGGGGGGGAUGCGAGCAGCGUCGCCAUCACCCCCGCCACUCCCCUUCUCGCCUCCCAGUCUCCUCCAAGACCCAGCAGCAGGGGUGGCAGGAGCGGUAGGGGGAGGGCAGAGGGGGAAGCGAGCACAUCUGAUUCUAGUGUAUCAGAGGCUGCUGCUGCUGCUGCUAACAGUGGUUUGGGAAGGGUGGUUGGUCGGAGGGUAGACAGUGGAGGGUCGGACGGGGGGAGGGCUGGGAGAGGGGGGAGAAGAGGAGGGGAGGGGGAGGAGGAGGAUGAAGAGGAGAUAGGACGGGGAGGAGGAGGGAGCGGAGGCGGAGGCGGGGGAGGAGAAGUGGGGGAGAGAGGCAGAGGAGGGGAGAGGGGAGGAGGGAGAGGGAGUGAGGGAGGAAGAGAGAGUGAGGAGGAGGGGGAGGACAGUGACAGUGACACUGAGACAGAAUUCCACUGUGGGGCGCCAGAGGUGGGGGGGCACCUGCUAAAAGUAGGAGUGGUGGUUUUCCAAGUGCUCCUGUGUAUGCGCCUCGAGGGCCAGCCAAUCUGGGCAGCACACAUGUCCUACUGGAUGCUCUUUUCGCCUCUCCUCGCUGUCCAGCUGGCGGCGCUGAUGUCAGCGCUGACUCAGCUCGCGGAGGGGUUCCUGCUGCUGUACGCGCCAGAUUUCGGGCGGCGAUUUUCGGCGGUAGUGCGGGAGCAUGACCCGUUUAUGUUUGUGACGAGGGGGAUGCGGCUGGCCGGGUGGUGGUGGCGGGAUGACGAAGUGAGGGAGGAGCAGAAGAGUCUCACGGCCUCCCUCUUUCCCGGCACAUAUGAUACCUUUGAAGCCGUCCCUCCAGACCACAUAAAGCGCAUGAGGAAAGGGCAGCUAGCAGAGGAGGUGGUGCGGCUGCAGGCGGCGCUGGCGGACCAGGUGGAGACGGGCAAGGCGCAGCGGCAGGAGCUGGAGCGGGUCCAGCAGGAGAAGGUGCUCUGCCGCGUGUGCUUCGAACGGGAGAUCAGCUUGGUGCUGCUGCCCUGCCGACACAGAGUGCUGUGCCACCCCUGUGCCGACAAGUGCAAACAGUGCCCCAUAUGCCGGCGGCACAUUGCAGACCGCAUGGCGGUGUUUGAUGUGUGAGGUGCUGCCUGCUGCUACCACCCAUGGGUGGAGGUUCAUGGGAUGGUGUUGAGAGCCGACUCAGAAGCACUGCCCCAUAUGCCGGCCAUGCCCCAUGCGGAUCGCACGGCGGUGUUUGACGUGUGAGCGGCCACCCACCAGUUGAAGGUCACUCUUGAUGGUGACGAGUGGCUUGUAUUCUAGGCCGUGGUGAUGGGCAGUACUACUUGUAUGGCUGUGCUGCUGUGGGUUGCACUGCUGUGGGUUGCAGUUCAGGGUAUUUUAACCAAUCGGUUCAGGGGGGUGGGUGCUGUGUGGUGGGUGCUGUGCAGUGGGUGUUGGCAGUGCAACUAUUAUGUGAAAAUGUCUCUUACAAACUGAGGCUGUGGAGCAGGGCCUCAAAUUGCAGGCUUUUUACCCUGAUUCAGGGUAAAAUCAGGGCUUUUUUGGGGGGUGACCCUGAUGAGACAGGAUUUUUUUAAGACAGGCCUGAAAUUUCAGAGUUUUUUUAAGAGUGAACUCUGAUCGAUCAGCGUGCGUAGUGUAGUGUGGCCUGUUUUUCCAGCGUCGUAUCGAAGCCCGACCCUGAUUCUUGUAAUAGCGGAUUCCCAGU